AUGGGAGAACAUCAACGAAUUACUCCUCGUGUUUAUUUUUCUUUACUAAUAAUUUUUAUGGCAUUAUACUCUAUUUUUAUAGGAACAACAAUUUAUUCAAAUGGAACAACACAACAACCUUCAAAAAAAUUACCAUCAAAAUAUAUGUUUUUAUUAACAAAUGUUAUUGUAGGGAUUUGUGAAAUUUUCAUUGGACUAUUUGGUAUUAUUGCAUUUAGUGUAAGAGGUAAAUACUUUCUUAUAUUAUUGUUAGUCGGUGUUAUAAUAUCAACUUUCUUAUUAUUCAUUAUAACAAGUUUCUAUGGAAUAACAUCAAUCAGAUUUGAUUAUUUAGAUACAAUGGGAAGUGAUAAUAUGAUAACCAUUGAAUAUGAAAAUAAUUGUUGUGGAUGGAAAACUUUAAAGUUAUAUGGGUGUGGUUCAUCAAUAGACUCUCAAGAAACUUGUUAUAGUUUAACAGGUGUUGGUUAUGAAAAAUUAUUAAAAUCUACCUUCUCUAAUCUUCUUUUUCAAUUAUUAUUUUUUGUCUUCUAUCUCAUUGAGGUAAUUGGUGAAUUAAAUCAGUUAAGAAAUAAACAGAAAGAAGACGACUUGUAUGCAGAACCUUUUAUUGAUCCAGAUAAUGAAUAG